AUGUUUAGAAAACUAAAAUCAGUAUUUUCUAGACCAAAAUUAGCACCUGAGAUAGUAGAUCACAAGAAUGAAGGUGCCCCUCCACCACCAAAGGCAUCAACAGGCCAGGAUGAAAAUAAAACCACAAAUGAACCGCAGAAAGCAGAGGCCAAUAAUAAAGUAGAGCCUGUACCAAAGCAACAAGAUACAGAAUCAGCAAAAGCACCUGAGCCUUCAAAACCUGAAAACUCAGCUGAACCAGCUAAGGCAACUCAGCAGGAAGAGCAUGAACAGAAAGAUGGGAAAGAAGAUGCUAAUGCGCAGAAGCCAACGCGUCCUGGUUUCCAAACAAAUGAGUACACUGAUGCCCAGCUUCAAGAGAUUGUCAAAAAACUCCGUGAAAGGGCAAAUGUGUAUAAGGAAAAGCUGAAUGAUCCAGUGAUAUCUUCACCAGAAGCAAGUCCUCCAGUUUGUAAAAUUUAGUCACUGCCCAGUAAAGAGGAAGCAGAAGCAAAGCCAGAGGAGGAUCAUUACUUAGAUAUGCUGUGUUGUAAAUUCAAAAAACCUCCACUGAAAAAAUACAUGGAGUAUAUGAAGCUACCAGAUACCAUUGACUCAUAUACAGACCGGCGUUACGUGGCGUGGCUCAUGCUGGUGACCAUCGCCUACAACUGGAACUGCUGGUUCAUCCCCCUGCGCUACGUGUUCCCCUACCAGACCCCCAGUAACACAAUAUACUGGUUUGCCAUCGAUGUCAUGUGUGAUCUGUGCUACCUCUGCGACCUAAUCGUGUUCCAGCCCCGAGUGCGCUUUAUCCAAGGGGGAGAUAUCAUAGUAAACAGAGUGGAAACAAAGAAAUUCUACCGCAGCUCUGUGAAGUUUCGGCUUGAUGUGCUAUCAGUGUUUCCAUUUGACAUUUUAUACUUCUUCUUUGGAUUUAAUCCAGCACUUCGAGUAAACAGGAUGCUAAAGCAUAACACAUUCUUUGAGUUUAAUGAUCGUUUGGAAGCUAUUAUGGAAAAAGCAUACAUCUACAGGGUCAUUCGAACAACUGGAUACUUGCUGUUUAUCUUGCACAUUAAUGCAUGCCUGUAUUACUGGGCUUCAGACUAUGAAGGAAUUGGCAGCACUAGAUGGGUGUAUGAUGGCGAAGGAAACAUGUACCUGAGGUGUUACUACUGGGCAGUUCGUAGUCUAAUCACCAUCGGUGGCCUUCCAGAACCACAAACGCUCUUUGAGAUAAUUUUUCAACUGCUGAAUUAUUUCAUGGGUGUCUUUGUCUUCUCCAGCUUAAUUGGCCAGAUGAGAGAUGUAAUUGGAGCAGCAACAGCAGGGCAGAACUACUUUCGCUCCUGUGUGGACAACACUGUCUCCUACAUGAACACUUAUUCCAUUCCAAGAUUGGUGCAAAACCGAGUUCGAACUUGGUAUGAAUACACAUGGGAGUCUCAAGGAAUGCUGGAUGAAUCAGAAUUACUGGAGCAGAUGCCAACUAAAAUGCACUUAGCUGUUGCUAUUGAUGUGAACUUUGCCAUUGUCAACAAAGUGGAGCUAUUCAAAGGCUGUGAUACCCAGAUGAUAUAUGACAUGCUGAUAAGGUUGAAAUCCAUUGUAUAUUUACCUGGUGACUUUGUCUGCAAAAAGGGGGAGAUUGGCAGAGAGAUGUACAUCAUCAAACAGGGUGAAGUUCAAGUCCUUGGAGGCCCUGAUGGUACCAAAGUCCUGGUUACACUCAGAGCAGGAGCUGUAUUUGGGGAGAUCAGCCUACUAGCUGCAGGUGGAGGAAAUCGAAGGACCGCCAACGUGGUGGCUCAUGGCUUUGCCAACCUUUUCAUUCUGGACAAGAAAACACUCAAUGAAAUCUUGGUGAACUAUCCUGACUCAGAAAAACUUCUCAUGAAGAAAGCAAAGGUGCUGCUGAAGCAGAAGGGGAAACCUGCUCCAGGACCACCAGUGCAACAACCACGGGGCUUGGCCAGUCUCUUUGGGCAGAAACAGGAAACUCCAAAAUUGUUUAAAGCAAUGCUUGGAGGAAAAGGAAAAGAAGGAUUCGCUAGGCUGCUACAGCUGAAGAAACAACAAGACACUCAGGAAGCUCAAGCUGCAACAGAGACCAAGCCUAAAGAAGAAGAGAAGAAACCAGUGGAGCCUGCAGCCCCCUCUGCACCCCCUGCUCAAACAGAGAAGCCAAAGGAAGAUGCUAAGCCUGCAGUUAUGCAGAGAACAACCAGUAAGGAGUCUCUGAUCAUCAGUAUGACACCAUCCCCCAGAGCAGGAGAAGGAGAGAUCCUUAAAGUUGAAAUCAAAGAGAAAGAAAAAAAAUAG